CGCCUCGUGAAGUGCAGCAAAGUUGGAUCCAUCAUGCGGGAGGGGAGAGACCGCGUAGUUACUCUGGCCACCGACCGAACGGGCAAGAUUUUGGCCUGUCACGGAACAGAUGUUGUUCUGGAAGUGUUCUCUGUCCUUUCUGAAGAGGAACUCCAAAAGAAAUUGGAAAAGAAAAUGAAGAAAGCAAGGAAAAAAGCCAAACAGAACUCUGAAGAGGAGCCUGAAGGGAGCGUGGAGCUGAGCCUGCAGGAGGAGAUUCAGCGGGUCGCUAACAUCAGAGCUUCUUCUAAAAUCAAGUCGUUUGACUUGCUUCUCUCUCCAAAAGGAGAGCUGAAGAUCGUACUGCUGCUGCAGAACAACGUCAUUGAGCUGUACCACCUGAACCUGGCAGAACAAGUCCCACAGCCUGUCCGUGCGUCCCGCAUCACCGUUGGAGGCCACCGCAGUGAUGUCAGGACGCUGGCUUUUAGCUCUGACAACAUCGCCAUCCUCUCAGCAGCUGCAGAGUCUGUGAAGAUUUGGAACAGGUCAACCUUGCAGUGCAUCCGGACGAUGGACUGUGAGUAUGCUCUCUGCUCGCUCUUUGUCCCCGGAGACCGGCAGGUCAUUGUUGGCAGCAAGACAGGGAAGCUGCAGCUGUAUGACCUGGCUUCUGGGAGCCUGAUGGAGACACUUGAUGCUCACGACGGGGCAGUGUGGUCCAUUGCUCUUUCACCAGACCAGCGUGGCUUUGUGACAGGAGGCGCCGAUAAAUGUGUCAAGUUCUGGGAGUUUGAGCUCGUGAAGGACGAGAGCAGUGUGCAGAAAAGGCUUUCCAUGAAACACGUGCGUGUUUUGCAGCUGGAUGAAGAUGUUCUCUGUGUGCGGUACAGCCCCAACCAGAAGCUGCUGGCCGUCUCCUUGCUGGAUUGCACCGUGAAGAUUUUCUAUGUAGACACGCUCAAGUUUUUCCUCUCGCUGUACGGACACAAGCUGCCGGUGCUGUGCAUGGACAUCUCCUAUGAUGGCACUCUGAUUGCAACUGGCUCUGCUGACAGGAACGUGAAGAUCUGGGGCUUGGAUUUUGGGGACUGUCACCGCUCUCUCUUUGCUCAUGAUGACAGUGUGAUGUAUCUGCAGUUUGUGGCGAAAUCCCACCUCUUCUUCACAGCUGGGAAGGAUGGCAAGAUUAAGCAGUGGGAUGCAGAUAAAUUCGAGCACAUCCAGACGCUGGAGGGGCAUCACCAAGAGGUGUGGUGUUUGGCACUCAGUCCCAAUGGAGACUACGUGGUGUCAGCAUCCCAUGACAAGUCCCUGCGCCUCUGGGAAAGGACAAGAGAACCACUUGUUUUGGAAGAGGAGAGGGAGAUGCAACGAGAGGCUGAAUAUGAAGAGAGUGUGGCGAAGGAGGAGCAGCCUGUGGUGGCUGGAGAGACGCAAGGGGAGACGGGGCUGGCAGGAAGGAAGACUAUCGAAACCAUCAAAGCGGCUGAGCGGAUCAUGGAAGCUGUCGAGCUGUACCGGGAAGAGAUGGCAAAGCUACAGGAACACAAGGCUGUAUGCAAAGCAGCAGGAAAAGAGGUUCCCUUUCCCGUCAAUCCCAUCCUCCGUGCCUAUGGAAAUAUUACACCUUCUGCCUACGUGCUGGAAGUUUUCAAGAAGAUCAAGUCGAGUGAGCUGGAAGAGUCUCUCCUGGUGCUGCCCUUCUCCUACGUCCCCGAUGUGCUCCGACUCUUCAAUGAAUAUAUUCACCUGGGCUCAGAAGUGGAACUCCUGUGCCGAGCUCUCCUCUUCCUGCUCAAGAUACAUUUUGGGCAGAUCACAAGCAACCACAUGCUGGUGACAGUGAUAGAAAAUCUGAAGAAAACCACCAUCUCCAGAGUCAGUGAGGCCCGGGAUGUGCUGGGGUUCAACAUGGCAGGGCUCCAGUACCUGAAGAGGGAGAUUGAGGCCAAGGACGAGGUGACGUUUUUUGCUGACGCUACUGACCGUUUUGAGGAGAAGAGGAGGAAGAGGAAGAAGAAAGAGAAGAUGGUUCUUGCAGUGCUCUAG